AUGAAGCCCGCCGCCGUGACCGGCGCCCACUCGCGCAGGGUGCCGCCCGAGAAGAGGAAGAGAACCGAGACGUCGUGCGACAAGUGCAAGAGCCGCAAGCAGAAGUGCAGGAGGGAGCCCGACGACGAGGCGUGCCGGUACUGCGUGGCGCACAAGAUCGAGUGCCUGACGACGCAGCCGCGCAAGAAGCGCCUGUAUGGGAGCGUCGAGGGCUUGGGGAACCGCCUGGCGCUGCUCGAGUCGCUGGUCAAGGGGCUGCUGCCCGAGGCCGACGUGGGGAACGUCGACGAGCUGCGGCAGCUGGGCUACUCGCUGGGCAUCCCGCUGCCGGACCACGACGACGGCGAGGCACGGGCGGCCGCCGACAGCGCCGACGACGGCGAGGAUGGCAUUGCCCUGCUGCCGGACCAGCAGGGCCAGGUGCAGUACAUCGGGCCCGCGAGCUCCUUCGCCUUCCACCUGAAGAUGCGCGACCUGCUGGGCCACGCCAUGCCGCGCGCCUUCUCGCUGUUUGGCAAGAACGCGGCGGCCGAGCAGGAGGGCGGCGACGAGCCCGAGCCCAAGCCCUCGCAGCAGCAGUCGCAGGCCCACACACUCGACCGGCGGGCCUCCAUGUCGACAUCAACCGCCACGGCCAGCAGCGACGUGCCCAGCCUCGACUCGCUCAUCGGCGUCUACUUCGAGCACAUCAACCCCGACUGCCACAUCCUGCACGAGCCGUCGUUCCGCGAGGCCUACGAGGCCUGGCUGGCCCGCCCCGAGAGCGCCGACCCCGUCUGGCUAUGCAGCUUCCUCUGCGUGCUGCUGCUGGCCCGGCGCGUGGCCCGUCUGCCCUUCCCGCAGGACCAGGAGCGGCUGUGGUGGGCGCGGGUCCAGACGCUUCUGCCCGUCGUCAUCUUCACGUCCAACAUCAUGGCCGUGCAGGCGCUGAUGCUGGCCGCCGUCCACCUGCACAACACGAACCACCGCGACGCGUGCUGGAACCUGACGGGCACCGCCGUGCGCAUCGCCUUCGCCAUCGGCCUGCACCAGGACAAGGUCAGCUCCGUGCACACGCCGCUGGCGAGGGAGCUGUGCCGCCGCCUGUGGUGGUCCCUCUACGCCUACGAGGUCAUGCAGGUCUCGUCGUACGACCGCCCGGCCUCGCUCGACCACUCUGCCGCCAACACGGCCUGCCCCAACGAGCGCCUCAUCGGCACUGCCGCCUACACGCCGCCCGACUACGCCAAGUGGUACAACCGCCUGAUGGUGCACUUGAGCUCCGCCUGUCGUGCCCCCAAGACGGUGAAACCUCACGCCGCCGACGACUCGUACGUCGGCCCGCUGUCGCCUGCUGCCGCUGUGCUGCGCGAUCUCGAUCGCUGGCGGAGCCUGCUCCCCCACCAUCUGCGUAUGGACGCCCUCGAUGCUGCGCCGCCUGCCUUCCACCGGCCUCUGCUUUUACUCCACUCACUUCACCACUACUCCAUUUACGUAAUCUGCCGCGCGGCUAUGCUCGCCCGUGCUACAACACUCGCCAAAGAAGGUCAGGACUCGCCCAAUACGGCGCUCACGGCUAUGUCCGAUACAUGUGCCGACUCCGGCAGGAUCCUGGCCCGCAUCAUGCUCCGGCUCGACGCCAUUGGCAAGUUCGACGCAAUCACCCACUGGGACUGCUGGUAUUCUCUGGCCGCCGCCUCGAUUCUCGUCCUUGAUCUGGUCUGCCUGGACAGAUUGCCUGGUGCAGACUCGUCUCAUCCCCGCCUGCUGCUGUCCCAGCUCGCCCACCUGGCAACACGCCACAGGAGGAACCGAUACAUGCCGCCCACCCUGGCCAGGUUUGCCUCCAUCAUCCCCGAAUUGCAGUCCAUGGUCAGCGCAAUGAACACGUCUUCGUCGCCCCCACUCGCGCCCUCGUCAUCAGCCACGCCCGCCACAGAUGCCAGGUCCGAGCCGCACGACGCCAAUCCAGAGCCUAUGCGCCCACCGCCACCGCUGCAGACUCACCAAGAUGUGCCAUACCCGUUCCCCCAAUCUUCGACAAACAGCAACGCCUAUAACUUCCCCGGCAACAUCCCUGUCCGCUACUACCCCGAUCAGGGCUUUACUGGCGAGCCCGCACUGUACCCCAAUACGCGCUUCGACAGGAGCUCGCAGAUGAAUUUCAUGGAUUUUACCGUCAACAACAUCCAAGACUGGAAUUGGGGCGAUUUUGGAAGCUUUUUAGGCAACGAUGGUGCGCAGAGUAUGCCCAACAUACACAAUCCGGCGCCACCUGGUCCGAGUUGA